UGUCCACUUUGUCUUUUUCAUUGCUUUGUUAAAAGAGUUCGUACCAGUUUGUCUGUAAAGGGGCUGGACUCUCCCUACGUUUCCGUACUGUUGAACAUGCAUGACCGAGGUCCUAAGUUGUUUCCAGUGCCAUUGUUGUUCUGCUCUUCAAUUGGUUUUCCUUUAAUACUCAAGAAGUGCGAUAUAUCUCUUGUUGUUAUUUUUAAAUCCCCUUUGAAACCCCCAGUAGUACACGCGACUUUAACAGUAACGCUAGUAAUCAAAAAUAUGUUGUUUAUUUUGUACGUUGAGCGAUGCAAUAAUAUAUGCUUUCAAUACUCCAGGUUUGUCACAGCGGUGUCUUCAUAUGGCUCUGUGUCUAGAGAGGAAUACACAAUGCAAGAAGAGUCACUGAACGUUCCCACCUCUGGCUACAGUAAAACGAAUCGGGUGUUCACUCAAGAAUCCCCAAUCAAGUAUUUCAAGUGUAGUCGUUGUAUACUCCUCUUCAAAUCCAAGGUCUACCUUUUUGAACACCUCAACAAAGUGCAUGGCUGUGAUGUAGAUGCUGCUCUCAGAGAGGCUGGUUUAAAAUACACGGUGACUGACAAAGACAAAACUGACAGCAAUAGCAACAGUGCAGAAGAUGAUUUUGAAUGCCAGCACUGUGAUUUUAAAGCUUGCAGUCGGGCAAUUUUAAACGAACACGAGAGACAAUGUCAAAAAAAAUCCGAAGAUGUUAUUGGAAAUAUAAUCAUUUCUGAAAACCCGGAUACCAGCAUAAUUGUCAUGUCAGCAAACCAGCACAGUGAAGCUGCAGGAGCAAAAGAGAUUUCCUCCGUUUUUUCUGUGAUGUCUACCUCAAAAUCGAAAUGCACACUUAAGUCAUCAAAGGAUCUUAAGACGUACAAGCGGCCAUUGCAAACCAUUACCAAGUACUUUGCGGUAUCAUCUGGAUCAAAUGGGAAACCCCCAGUGGACUCGGCUGAAAGCCCACAUCUUCUAGACAGCACCAAAGGAACCAUCCUUUUGAAAGAAUCCCCCUCCAGUUCCAGCCCAAACAGUAGUGGUGUGUUUAAAGUCACUGCAAAGUCCAUGAAUGAUAUCGCCAGUGUUUCUCACCGGUUUUUGCUAGAUGACCAACUUAUAAAGCCUGACCCGAGUGCACCAAAGCCCAAUGACCAAUCCAGAGAAACCGUUCCUGACAACAUUGGUAAAAGGGCAAACAGUGAAAUCUCAAAAUGUCCUCCUGCUAAAAAAGUAAAGUCAGAAAAAGAAGAGACAAAGCUCCCACAGGAAGAACAACAAUCAUCAAGCAACACAGAGUUUUCAUUUGACGUUAGCGAAGAUGAAGGAGAAAAGAAGCUUUGUCUUGUCAAUGGAGACUCUGAAAGCUCAACAGUGUAUUCUUGUAAGCACUGUGUCUACAGUGAUGUGAGCAGUACAUGUGUAUCUACCCAUUAUCAGAACGAUCACCCUUAUGUGAGAUAUAACGCUGCUUACAUUCAGGAUCCAAGUGAUAGGAGUGCUAUCUUUCGUUGCCUGCAGUGUCCAGUUGAGUUUGUAAGUAUAGCUGCCCUCAAGAGACACUACAGUGAAAAUCACCCAGAGGCCCCAAACGUAUUCAAGAUGCAAUCAGUUGAUGUCAGUUUGGUUUUCAAGUGUUUUUUGUGUGUGUUUACCACCAACGUAUUGGAGGCAUUGAAAAAGCAUUACAAGGAAAGUCACCCAACUCAUGAAGUGGAUAAUUCCUUGCUGUACUGCAGAUAUUUGGCGACUGGAUGCCAAGAGGGAUCAACUCAGUCAAAUAUAAGUGAAAAAGCACAGAGUCCAGAAAGACCAGGAGGGAUUUCUCCUGAAAGUGCCUGUACACCAUGUAAGGGAGUCCAAAAUGACCCCUCAGCCCAACAUCCCAACUCCACAGGAGCAGAUGUGGCCUUGUACCAUUGCAACACAUGCAAGUUUAGUCAUAAGUCAGUUGUUGUUAUGCAUGUCCACUACCAAAAAAGACACCCAGGUCAAGAAAUCACAAUAGAUAAAAUCAAACAGUCAGCUUGUGUCCCAUCACGCACAACAUCACCGAUGGCGCCAGACAAAUCUCCAAACUCUGUGACAAUAACAGAAAAAUCUGCACCUCAAACGACCAUCUCAGAUUCUUCUAAGACAACAAAAAACAAAGCUGAGCAGUCGCAGCGUAAGUGCACAUCGGAAGCUUCAAAGACUCGUUCAGAGUCUCCCAAAACCAAGAAAGUGGAAUCUACUGAAGACGAAAGUAAAUGCAAGGAGUUGCCCAAAAAACGCAAUCGGGUGUCUACUGGAAUGGGCAAUUUAUCCGGCAUUUCUCCAAGCGGAUUGUUUUACUGCCAGUUUUGCAGUUAUUCAAGUACCAAUAUCAAAAGUGUUCUUGGUCAUCAUAAUGCAAAACAUUCUCUGCAUGCACUAACGUGUAUGGAAGAGAUCGUAUGUUACAGUGCUCAGAUGCAGAAAAAGAAACUCAAAAGUAAAGCUGAGGCCUCAGCAACGACUGCAUCUUCUGAUUCUAAAACUAGUAAACAAGUUGAGGUACAUGGUUCAGAAGUUCUACGUGACCAGGAUGAUGUAGCAGACGCUUCUGUGACUGAAGAUAAUGCUUAUGCAUGUGCAAAAAACUUGUUUUACUGUCAAAAGUGCAACUAUGGAAAUCCAUCGAUAAAAGGUAUCGCAAACCAUCAAAUCGGAAUUCACAAAAGCCUCCAUUACAGGAGGGUAUGUAUUAUUGAACAUACAGCUGUGAUUCGUGAUCAAAUUGAGAAAUCAAAAUCUCAAGCAAAGGAGUUCUCCUUUUCUACGGGUCUACCUCUUCCUCUUAUGGGGGAGGGAGACGAAGAUGUGUAUUUCUGCCACUUUUGCAACUACAGAAAGAGUACGGUGGACUAUGUAAUGCGGCAUUACCUCAAAAAACAUAGUGGGUUUAUGGUUAAGGGCGAACUAAUCCGUCUGUAUACCGCUAUGGUUCGCGAAAAGACAAAGAAACUACACUUAGAAACUGCAAACCAAGAAGUCACUCAUGCAUCCCUAGAGGGGAAAGGAAAUAAAAAAAUAAAGAUGGUUGGCAAAUCGCUCCCAGCUCCAGCAUCACCCUCAAUGACAGCCUCACAACCACAGAGGACCCUUCGUUGCUAUAGAUGCCCAUACAGCACUCAAUAUGUGCAGGCUUUAAAGAAGCAUAUAUGGAAAAUCCACAGGGCAAAUCGCUCAAUCACAGAUGUUUUAAGAGUGUGUUUCAAACAAGGAACUUUACAGAUGGGGUAUCACUGUGACGUGUGUGUUUUCUCUCACGAAAAAGCGGCAGCAGUCCAUGAGCACUACCAGGAACAACACCCAGGACGUAGCCCAAGCCUCGAGUACGUGACUACUCGGUUGUAUGUCGGUCCCGAUGCGCAUCCUCCUAAAAAGAAGAAACCUCAAACGAAUUGCACCGAUGGUAUUAGUGAGGGUGAUGGCACUGAUGGCAGCUCACCAUCUCAACGAUCUGGACAAAAUGAAACCAGGAAUUAUUCAUGCAGAGCGUGCUCAUUUAAAGGUAGCUCAGUGUCGUCCGUCACGCGCCACUACCGCGCUGUUCAUCCGUGGUCUGUGAAAGAAGACGGUUCGGUCCUGGGUGUCGUCAACAGCAAGAGACCAAGUGCAAACAGGCAGGUGGAAGACAAUGUAAUGCCACGGACAUUUGAAUCUUACCAAGUGCCUCUUGGAUUUGAAGCAAAAGCAUCUUCCACAUUGCUCAGUUGCCCUUACUGCCCUGUAAGAUUUCUCACCCAGCACGGUCUCAACACUCACUGCGGAAUGAAACACCAUGAAGCUGUAUACGAAGGUUACGAUGAACAUCAAGAGAAAAUCCAAACGCGCAUGCAAGUCUUCAAGUGUCCACAUUGUACCUACGUGAAUACCCUUCAUCAAGGAGUUCUCAGUCACUGCCAUAUGAAGCACCUUGCCCUCGAGCCCAGAGCGGACAGUAUUCACGCGGAUGAAGCACAGCUAUCUAAGUGGGUUGACUGUUUGAAGAGUAAAGGUCCUUAUGAUCCUGGCAAUUUCAGACUUCGUGGCUACAUAUGUGAAACCUGCCAACAGAUUUGUGCAACACAGGAGAAACUGAAUAAGCACUGUGAGAAGGACCAUACUGAGACUGUGCCAAACACGGUGCCAAACAGCGUGCCAAACACGGUGAAACCAGCCCCUAAACCAUCGUCCAUGGGUAAAAUAAAACAAUAUAAGACUCUAAGCAAUCGGGGAUUAGUAUCACAGUCUUCCUUUUUAUGUAAGAAAAUCUAUACCGUGGUUAAAUGCCAGUACUGCCGUUAUAGUUGCAGCACAAAAAUUGGGAUCGACCGACACGUGCGUGUUCACCACAAGAUGGCAUAUGUUUCUAGGCCUCAGGAUUGCAUGUACAAAUGCGUACUGUGUUCCAGUUCCUAUUACACAAAAAUACUACUUGGAAGCCAUUAUGUUAAGAAACAUGGAAGGGACAGCUUCUUAAAGUACUAUGCACCGGUAUACAAGCAGGCCCAGGAGAAGCAACCAUCAACAUCUCAUGACCGCCCUUUAACUCCGACACCAGAAAACCCUCCAGAGGCAUGCAAAAGCAGCACGACGACAGAGGAAAGCAAAACAAUGUUAGUCUACAGGUGUCCAACGUGUCCCUAUGUGAAUACAAGCUACCAUGGCACGCUCACUCACUGCCAAAUGAAGCAUCCAGACCUCGUUGCCAGGGCAGAUGAGCUCCAAACAGAGGAAAUACUUGGAACCAACUUGGUCGGGUGUACGGUUGGAAAAAGUGCUACUGAAAGAGGGUACAUUUGUCAAAUGUGUCCACUAAUUUAUCCAACAAUGAAGAAACUAAAAAGCCACUGUGAGAGGGACCACCGUCAGGCUCUGCCAGCAGCUCCUGGACAUUCAGCUGACAUUGAAACUGAAAAACCACCUGAUCUCUGCUCUCAGGGCUCAGCAUCAGAGGAGGCUUUAAAAAGCAAAACAUCAACAACAGAAAAUGGCCUCCGUCACCAGAGCACCGCUGAGACAAACAAAAUGUCCGUACAGAACAAGGUAACGCUGUACAAGUGCCACAUGUGUAGCUAUAGAGGAUUCUAUCGAAGAUACCUGCUAUGUCACUACAAAAAGACCCACAAAUUGGAUCCACUUACAACACGCAAGCUGCUACAGAAGUAUAACAAAUGCAGAAAGGCCAGGAAACAGCCCGAAGCCAAAGCCGAAGCUGAGGAAGGAGUGGCCAUCAAAUGUAGGAAGUGUCCGGAGUUGAUUUUUGACUCCUCCCAGCUGCUCGUUGCCCACUACAGUACUUUCCAUAGCUCAGAUUGCAUAUUGGACUUCACGGUGUUAUCCCGAGGAUCAAAGAAGGGUAGUACAGGUCUUUACAGAUGUGUCCACUGCAGUAAACAAAUGAAUGGAAUUAGAAAGCUGUGGUAUCACCUGGAUUGCCACAGAGAGAUGGCAAGAAAGAGGGCAGAGGCUGCAACGUCAUUGCCAAAGGCCAAAUCCAUCGAGCUCUUCAUGCAAGAUGAACUUCUCACGUUGGAAACUGUGGACGAACCGGCCCAGUGGAACGUGACACCAGGUCAGACCGUCAAUUUGCCGCCAAGCCCUCUGUCGCCACUGUCAAAACCCACGGAUGAAGAGCAACCACAGCUGGAAUCCAGAGAACAACACACUUGCAAACAGUGUCGGAGGACAUUCAUGUCGUUAAAGGGGCUGCGUUCGCAUGAGCGCAGCCAUGCAGCCGUGGCAGCCCUCAAGAAGAUGAACGUUGCGCCUACCUCAGUGUUAAAGCACAACAUUAACAAAUAUGUCCUGUUCAAAGCUGGGACCAUCAAGCCCUUCCUCUGUAGUUUCUGUUCCUAUCGGACCACCGUCAUGGGCCUCUGGAGGUGUCACUUUAUGAAAGUGCAUCAAGAUGUCAUGAUGGAACCUGCUGAGACUGACGACCAACAUGAGGAGAGCGUUCAGAGGGCCGACGCGGAGCCCUUUAACUCAUCAGAGGAAUUGAACUAUUGGCCUGAACCUGAUGAAAAACCUGACAUUUCUCAAAAAUCGCUGUACUUGGAGCCCCCAGAUGUGCAGCGGCAGUUGAACCACUACAGCUGGAGGGCACAGGCUGAAACAAACGUGCAAGAAGCCAAGUUACCGGACAACUGUGUUCUUCACUGUGAGUUCUGCAAUUUCAACACCGGACACCUGUCUAGUAUGCGACGACACUACCUAAAUCGCCAUGGAAAGAAGAUCCUCAGGUGUAAGGGCUGUGACUUUUUCACUUGUUUUAGGAAAACCCUGGAAAAGCACAUGGAGGCGGGUCACUCUGCAGGCCAGUCAGAACCUACUCAUGAGAAAGACCUCCGCUGUCCUUUCUGCCUCUACCAGACCAAGAACAAGAACAACAUGAUCGAUCACAUCGUCUUGCACCGCGAGGAACGCGUUGUGCCAAUAGAGGUGCGACGCCCGAAGCUGUCGCGUUACCUUAAAGGCGUUGUCUUCCGCUGUCACAAAUGCACUUUCUCAAGCGGGAGUGCUGACAACCUGCGUUUGCACAUGACGAGGCACGAUGACGUCAAACCCUACAAGUGUCGGCUGUGCUACUUCGACUGCACGUGGCUGAGCGACUUGGAGGCGCACCUGAGCGAUAAGCAUCAGGUUGUGAGGAAUCAUGAGCUUGUGGGUCAGGUCAGUCUUGAUCAGCUACAGGCAAGAGUUAGUAGGAUGCCAGAAGAGGAGCCUUCAUCUAACGUGGAGCACCACAACACUGGCAGUGAGGAUGUAGAAACAGAGGAGUUUGUUACUGACUGUAAUGAAGUUCUACUUGAGAUACAAGCUAAAGACCCGUCAGAAAAUACCACGAGGGGCGAAAUUACACUACAGGCCGAGGAAGCAUAUCAGAAGCGAGAGCAGGCCGGAAAGAAGGAAGGAAGCACCGCCAAGAGCUGCGUGCUGGACCUUCAGUGUGAGAAUGCAAAGCCAAACACUGUUAUCCAAGAAAAGCGUGAGCAGGAACCAGCCCAACCCAAACUGGGAGAUAGUGAGGACAGCAACAUAACGUUCACACAACAGAAAGAGGAGGCAGCAGAGGGGAGCUCACUGACAUCUGCUGAAAUAGCUGAGGAUGUCAGCAUCUGCAGGACAGAUAAGAGGGCAGAGCAGGAUGGAACGGUUAAGACAGAGGACAUUGAGACAGAGGUUGUAGAUAAUGUUAGAAGUGAGCUGGUAUUACUAGAUGAAAGAGGCAGCACCCCUCUGUCCCACAGCCCCAAAAAUCAAGUCGAUACGGAGGCAAUUUCAGCCCUCGCAAGGACAAAUCAGAUGCAGGCUAAUAACAGCAGGCCUCAGGGGAGUUUUGCAGUUGCAAGGCAUUUGCUAAGUCUCUCGUCCAAGUGUGCACAACUUAAGAUGAGCCAUGAGGAAAGCUUAGGGGUCUCAUUUACAAACUGCAAAAGGGAACAGGUGCACAAUCAGAAAACCAGUGCCGAGGUAAGAGAGCCGUAUGGGGAAAUGCCAGUACUUGAGAAUGAAUAUCUCAAAGAAGAAAUGCAGCCUCUUGGUUGUUGCAAGGAGGAAGAUGAGAGCGAUCGUCUUGAGCAAAAGCGGGACGGAGAAGAUGAGACGGUCACAAAAGACACUGAGAACGGAUGCACGAAACAGAAACAUGAUGGCAUGAAGAAUGCUGGCACUCCACAUGUGCCCAGAGGUGCUCUUACAGUCACCGAUGGAGCUGCUGAAGUCUCAUUACCAGCAGCUACUGAGGAGAAACCGUUUACUUGUGAGUUCUGUGGACGAAACCUCAUCAGCAGCUCUGACCUGCAGCGUCACAUCGUGCGACAUGGAUUAUAAUAUUUUUCAUUAUGUUGUGGACGGUUGAGAGGGCUUUCCCUAUUAUUUUUUUUGUGUUGGAAGCUUUGGACUUUAUUUUUCUUGAACUGUCCUGGACUCUCUUACUGUGGAAAUCUGUACAACCUGGUUGCAAAAACAUGUUUCAUGUUUUGUAGAAUGUAAACCUUUUUCUAUUGACAUGUUUUUAUGGUACAGCUCUUGUACGUAGGAUAUGGUUUAAGUAACUAAAACUUAACCGAGACUUUGACUGUAUAAAGUGUGAUACGUUGACAUUAAUAUCCUUAAAGACAAUAAUGGAUAUCCAUGAAUAUCUAUCAGCCAAUGCAAAGAUCCUUUCUUUUUUAUUAUUCCUUGAGUGUAUGUGAAGAUAUUAAUCAUUAAUACUGUAAAACAUGCAAAACUGUUGACACUGUGAAUAAUUGUUACACGUAAACUGGUAACUAGACCAACCUUAAAAAACACUGAUUUGUGGGAACAGCUUGUGCUGCCUUCAGGUGCUGUUAAGUAUUUGAACAUGAAUUGGUGUGUACCUUGACAUCGAGGAAGUGAGUCAUUUAACCAGUACUAAAGUAGUAUUUUGUUUGAAAUAAAGUUCUGUUAACUUUUUAAAA